GCGGCGGCAAUGGAAGCGGCAGAGGAAGAAACCCUGGAAACGUGGGUGUCCGUAUCUUCCCCUUCAGAAGCAGAAUUUGAUGCUGUGGUUGGGUAUUUAGAGGAUAUUAUAAUGGAUGAUGAUUUUCAGUUAUUACAAAGAAGCUUUAUGGAGAAACACUACCAGGAAUUCGAGGAUUCAGAAGAAAACAAACUCAUCUACACAUCCAUUUUUAAUGAAUAUAUUUGUUUAGUAGAGAAAUACAUUGAAGAAAAACUCCUUGACAGGAUUCCUGGUUUUAGUAUGGCUGCUUUUACUAUGUCAUUACAACAGCACAAAGAAGAAAUGGCAGGUGAUAUAUUUGACAUGCUUCUCACAUUUACUGAUUUUCUAGCCUUCAAAGAAAUGUUCUUGGAUUACCGAGCUGAAAAAGAAGGUCGUGGUCUGGAUUUAAGCAGUGGGUUAGUGGUGACAUCAUUAAGCAAGUCCUCAGUAUCUUCACCCUAGAAUACUUUGACACUAGUUCUCAUCUCUAGAUAAGUGCUGCUGCUUUAAUUUGGAUAUUCAAAACCCUAAGUAGUAGUGGAUCACAGUAUUUUGCAUGAUGAAAGGUAAUGGACUGACUACGUUUUGAAAGGCCUGAUCCUCUAAACUGCCCUUAUGAAUUACUGCUAGUAUUGGAUGAGCAUAAGAGAAUAAUUUCAAGCCUUUCUAAAAAUUAAUUGCUUUUUAAUAUUUUGAUAACAUCUACACCCCAGCCAAUAUGGACUAUUUGUCAAGAAGCUCAUUGCUUCUGAGAGAGUUCAUUAGCUGGGAUAUGUUUGCUCUUGGUUUAAAUGACAACUCAGAUAUCUUAUUUCCACAUAUAUAAUAAAUAAUGAUAAUAAUAAAUCCUUCAAUAAUAAUAUAAAAUGAGUAUUGUAACCUGCUCUGUCUGGAAAGGCUGGUUACAAAUCCACCAACUUUGUUUUUUUUCACAUUCUCAGAACCAUUUAUUGUUCUUUUAAGAAAAAAUUAUUCAGUUUACUCUUAAACACUGCAUCUUCUCUAUUGAAGAAGAAUAUGGUUUGACAUGUAUAUAUUUUAGGCUGAGAAUGCACUUUCAGUUUAGCAGUCAUUGUAGAUGCGUGUGUGUGUGUGCAUCCACUAAUGGACUGUUACCCAGUUUCAGUCCUAUAAAAAUAGAGUUUUGGUCCAGAGUUUUGGGGGAGUAGCAGAAGAUCACAAGCCUCCUGGGUGAUGUAGGCAUGCCAGCAAAACGUCUGGUAGGAAUGCGGCUAGGCUGACAGGAAGUAGCUUGUUCUGGUUUAGUUUGUGUCAUUUUGGAGAGAGGAUGAGCAUAACUGCUGGUAAGAAAACCUUUAUGUCUGCAUAUGCUACAUCUUUACUAGUGGGCCAG